AUGUACGCCGGUAUCCCCACCUACUACGAGAGUGGGAAUAACUACUACCAUCAACAGGCACCGAGCUGGCAGCCCAAUGGCGUUUAUGCUUCAAGCUACCCACAUCAUGGCCAAGAUCUGAACGUCUACAACGAAAACUUCUACGGCUUCACGGAGCAAACGCAAGAACGGGGGCUCCAGCAUUGUCCCCAAAAUGCUCACAUACAGUCACCUGUAAAGCCGGAAAAGCGCAAGGCCGAGGAAAAAUCUGAGGAAGCAAUUGAGGAGCGUCCCAGCACGUUAAGAGCACUACUGACAAAUCCCGUAAAAAAGCUAAAGUAUACCCCAGACUACUUUUACACGACCUUCGAGCAUGUGAAAGUAGCACUUGGUAGCAAAAAAAGUGGUACCAAUGUAAGUGAACAGUCGCCUCAAACGCCGCCCAGCUACGAGCAGGACUUUGGAGCGCCAACGCCUUUGACUCAACAAAUGCACAUGUCACCUCAACGCAGCGAUGUUGAUUAUCUGGACGUCUACUCGCCGCAGUCUGCCAAAGCACCCCCGCGCACCACAGCCUAUCAACACCAUGACUAUCCCACUCCACCACCAGUGGCAUCAGUAACAACAACGAUCACCACGCCUGACCUGCUAGUCAAUGGCAUAAGCACACCACCCUUGUCGCCAGCCGUCAAUCAGCACAAGCAGUCGGAGCAGAAAAAUGAAAUCAAUCAUCACAUUUUGACAGCCGCUGAACACAAUUGGUCGAACAUCGAGAAGAGAUUAGCAUCAGAAUGUAAGGACUCAAAACGCACUCGUCAGACGUACACACGCUAUCAGACGCUAGAGCUGGAGAAGGAGUUUCACUUUAAUCGUUACAUCACACGCCGUCGUCGUAUUGAUAUUGCGAAUGCAUUAAGCCUGAGUGAGCGGCAAAUAAAGAUCUGGUUCCAAAACCGACGUAUGAAGUCGAAGAAAGAUCGUACGCUCGAGGGUUCUCCAGAGCACUACAGCAAUGCGUAUGCUAUCAUGCCACCACUGGAUCCCGCUGUCGCUAUGUCUGCGCCGUCACAUUCCCAAAAGUCAGAGCCUGCCAUGCCAAUACCGUACUCGACAUACCCCACGUAUUUCCAAAGCACACAGAGCUACUCACCACUCAAGCUCUACCCUCAUCGUGAGCAGAGACGAGAUCGCAUUGCGUGUACGGCGGCACCGCUGACAGCGGCCAAAAACUGUGAGGUGCCCAUAAAUAAUGCUGCUUUCUGCAAUAACAACGGCGAUUGA